AAUUUUUUUUAAACGAAAUCCACUGUGCUUCCGAAAUCGAAACUCGCUUCCACGCUCUAUCUCUCUCCCCGAUUUGAUUUUCUGGGAACCGCGACUUUUGAAUUUAUCUUAUAAUUGAGAAGGUUUCAAUGGCUUCUUCUAAAGAAACCGAUGAUACUCUCGAUAAUCCAUCAUCGCCAAAAAACAUAUACAAGGAUCCAGAUGAUGGACGACAACGAUUUUUGCUUGAGUUGGAAUUUGUCCAAUGUCUUGCGAAUCCCACUUAUAUCCAUUAUUUGGCUCAAAAUCGCUAUUUCGAAGAUGAAGCGUUUAUCGGCUACUUGAAAUACCUUCAGUACUGGCAACGACCUGAGUACUUGAAAUUUAUAAUGUAUCCUCAUUGUCUAUAUUUUCUUGAACUACUUCAAAAUGCAAACUUCCGCAAUGCAAUGGCACAUCCUGGCAACAAGGAGUUGGCGCAUAGGCAGCAAUUCUUUUUCUGGAAGAACUAUAGAAACAACCGAUUGAAGCACAUUUUACCUAGACCACUACCUGAACCUGCGCCUGCACCCCCAGCUUCUGCUCCACUUCCACCUCCUGUGCAGCCAGUACCACCUAUGCCUGCAACAACCAUUCCUGUCCCAGCUGCUCCUGCCUCAGCACUUUCUCCUAUGCCAUAUGGCAUGGCACCUGGUUCUGCCCUUGCAAAAAAUGACAUGAGGAAUGCUGGAAUUGAUCGAAGAAAAAGAAAAAAAGAAGUUUAACCUGCUAUCAGCUGACUAUGAAAGCAGUGGGGCAAACAUAUCUGCUGAGGCAUCAAUCAUCUGUUUCGCAACUGUUUGAUUGCCAUCUUCUCAUAUUAUGCACAGUGAAAAAUUGGCUUACCCUCAAAAGUUUUGCUGAAAUACUUGUCAACUGAAUGAAUGUCAUGAAAGCCUCAAGAAAUUGUCAGCUCCAAAGUUUUUAGAUGCGGUCAGCAUCAAUCUGGAAUUGCUUACCUUUUCUAUUGCUGGUUUUCAGUGUAUGUUUGUCUUUAUAUAUUCUUUGCAAUAAUUUCAAAAAAAUAUUUGAUUGCUCUAAUCUAACUUGUUAAGUGAAAGGGAUCUUUUGCGGAACUAUCGGAAAAGGUAUCAGAGAUUAGUUAGUUUACCAUCUAAAUUGGCUUUUA